AUGUGUGGUAUAUUUGCAUGUUAUAGAGUUCAAAAUGUUGAUGACUUUAAACCAAAAGCAUUACAAUAUUCAAAAUUAAUAAGACAUAGAGGUCCAGAUUGGUCAGGUAAUAUUAUAUGUAAUAAUGAUACUAUAUUAUGUCAUGAAAGAUUAGCUAUUGUUGGUUUAGAUGCGGGUGCACAACCAAUUGUUUCACCAGAUGAAAGAUAUACUUUAGCAGUUAAUGGAGAAAUUUAUAAUCAUAUUCAAUUAAGACAACAAUUUAAAGAUUAUAAAUUUAAAAGUUUAAGUGAUUGUGAACCAAUUAUACCAUUAUUUGAAAAAUAUGAUAUUGAUGCACCUAAAUAUUUAGAUGGUAUGUUUGCUUGGGUAUUACAUGAUAAAGAAAAAAAUAGAAUAGUUGCAGCAAGAGAUCCAAUUGGUAUAACGACUUUAUAUUUAGGAAAAUCUUCAAAAUCUCCAGAAACAAGAUUUUUCAGUUCAGAAUUAAAAUGUUUAAUUGAAGAAUGUGAUUCUAUUGAAGCUUUCCCACCUGGUCAUAUUUAUGAUUCAAAUACUGAUAAAAUUACAAGAUAUUUUCAACCUUCAUGGUGGGAUGGAUCAAAAAUUCCAACUACUCCAGUUGAUUAUACAAAAGUAAGAGAAACUUUGGAAUUGGCAGUUAGAAAAAGAUUAAUGGCUGAAGUUCCUUAUGGGGUAUUAUUAUCUGGUGGUUUAGAUUCAAGUUUAAUUGCUUCAAUAGCUGCAAGAGAAACCCAGAAGGCAAAUGAAGAAAAUUUAAAAAACCAUCAUCAUAAGGGAAUAGAUGCAAACAAGGAAUUAUCAGGUGUUGAUGUUUCAGGUUCAUUACAUUCAUCUGCAGGUUUUAAUCAAUUACAUUCUUUUGCUAUUGGAUUACCAGGAGCUCCCGAUUUAAUUGCUGCAGAAAAAGUUGCACAAUAUAUUGGUACAAUCCAUCAUUCACAUACUUUUACUUUAGAAGAAGGUAUAGAUGCAUUAGAUGAUGUUAUUUAUCAUUUAGAAACUUAUGAUGUUACAACUAUAAGAGCAUCAACUCCAAUGUAUUUAUUAUCAAGAAAAAUUAAAGCACAAGGUGUUAAAAUGGUAUUAUCAGGAGAAGGAUCAGAUGAAAUUUUUGGUGGAUACUUAUAUUUUGCUAAUGCUCCAAGUGCUGAUAGUUUUCAUGAAGAAUGUGUACAAAGAGUUAAAAACUUACAUUAUGCUGAUUGUUUAAGAGCAAACAAAUCUACAAUGGCAUGGGGUUUAGAAGCAAGAGUUCCAUUUUUGGAUAAACAAUUCUUAGAAGUUUGUAUGAAUAUUGAUCCAAAGGACAAAUUAAUAACAAAAGAUCAUAUUGAAAAAUAUAUUUUAAGAAAAGCAUUUGAUACUAAAGAAAAUCCAUAUUUACCAGAUGAAAUCUUAUGGAGACAAAAGGAACAAUUUUCAGAUGGUGUUGGUUAUUCAUGGAUUGAUUGUUUAAAAGACACUGCUGAAAAAUUAGUAAGUGAUGAAGAUAUGAAAAAUCCAAAACCAGAAUGGGGUGAUGAUAUUCCUCAAACUAAAGAAGCUUAUUGGUAUAGAUGUAAAUUUGAUAAAAUGUUUAAUAAUUCAAAAGCUGCUGCUUCAACUGUUAUGAGAUGGAUUCCAAAAGCUGAAUGGGGUUGUCAUGCUGAUCCAAGUGGUAGAUAUGCUACUACUCAUGAUCAUAAAGUUGAUCAAGAAUAA